AUGUUGAUGGUCAGAGCAAAAGUAACGAAAGCUGACGGUGGAAAUCUUGACGAUGGCGCUAAAAAAGGACCGGUGAACAAUUUCUUGCAUAGUUUGUUUAAGCAAGUUGAUGUGUUUUUGAAAGGGAAGCUAGUAACCCAAGCGACAGGAACUUAUCCUUAUCGUGCAUAUAUCGAUACACUUUUGAAUUAUGGUCCAUCAGCUAAACAAUCCCAGCUGACAGCUGCGUUGUUUUACAAGGACGAAGCUUCAAAAAUGGAGGUUGCCGACCCAGCAAACGCCAGUCCAAACAAAGGCUUGAAAACACGAAGUAAGUUUAGUGCGAGAAGUGCAAUUGUCGAAAUGGGAGGCCCUAUAUUUUGUGAUGUUUUCUUCGGUGAACGCCUCCUGCUUAGCUAUGUUGAUUUGAAAGUGGUAUUGAACCGUACCAGUGACGAGUUUGCCCUAAUGGCAUCCGAGGACGAUGCAGCAUUUAAAGUGAAACUGGUGGAUGUUUAUCUAAAAGUUCGCAAAGUUAAAGUGAAUCCUAGUAGAGCUAUGUCUCACGAAGUUGCACUGAAAAAAAGCCCAGCCGUUUACCCUGUAAGGCGUGUGGACUGCAAAAGUUUCAUCAUUCCAUCAGGAAACCCGUCGUUGCAAAAAGAUAACCUUUUCAACGGUUUGGUACCGAAAUCACUUGUCGUCGGUCUUGUUGCAAGUGCUGCAUUCAAUGGUGCUUAUAAAUUAAACCCAUUCAAUUUCCAGCAUUUCAACGUUUCAUCCUUAGGCAUUUCUGUAAACGGCGAAUCUCUACCAUCUAAACCUUUCAAGCUGUCGUUUGGUAACAAUCCUAGAUACAUAGAAGCAUUUCUAUCACAAUUUGCUGGCACUGGAAAAUGUUUUUGA